AUGGCCGAUGAGGACGAUUAUCAAGAUAUGGAUAAUGAUGAUUUCGUUGACGACAACGAAAUGGAGGACGUGAUCGAAGAAGAUCCACAACGCCCUGACAAUGAGGACGAGGACGAUGACAACGUGGACGAGAAUUUCGAGCUUUUCGAUCAAGGAAAGGCUGUUCCGACUAGUGAGCAUGUGACAACUCCAUUCAUGACAAAAUACGAACGAGCUCGAGUUCUUGGCACUCGCGCUCUCCAAAUCGCCAUGGGAGCUCCGGUUAUGGUUGAACUUGAAGGAGAGACCGAUCCAUUGGAGAUUGCUCGCAAGGAGCUUAAACAACGCCGUAUCCCGAUCAUUGUCCGCCGCUACCUUCCAGAUGGAUCAUACGAAGACUGGCCAACCGAUCAACUUCAACUCGCUGAUUGGUAG